AUAUAUCAUAUGUAUAUAUAUUUUUAAAAAAAAAUCCAAAAAAAAAAACUAAAACCACUUCGAAACAGACGCGAGUCGAGAGGGAGAGAGAAAAGAGAAAAAAAAAAACAACACCAUCCAAAAUGCCCGCAGCCACCGCCACUAAAGCGGCAGAAUCGCGCUCCUCCUCCGCCGCCGGGCCCGAAGCCGCGGCCACGGCCUCAGCCGCCGCCGCCGCCGCCGCCCUCCCCGCCGCCCCGAGUCUCCAGCCCGGGCACCCGCAGAACGAGGCCCUCCGGCAGGUCCUCAAUGUCAUCGACAAGAAAGUGCGGAACAUGGAGAAGAAGAAGGCCAAGCUGGAUGAUUACCAAGAACGACUUGACCGAGGAGAAGCCCUAAACCAAGACCAAUUGGAAGCGGUUGGAAAGUUGCAAGAAGUUGCGAACAAUCUGGAAUUUGCUCGUGAAUUGCAACGAAGCUUCAUUGCUUUAGGUCAAGAUAUCCAAAAAUCCUUAAAGAAGGCAGCUCGUCGGGAACAAUUGAUGAGAGAGGAAGUAGAACAAAAGCGGCUAAAAACGGUGCUUGAACUACAGUAUGUGUUGGACAAAUUGGGUGAUGAUGAUACACGCAACGACUUGAAACAAGGCUGGAAUGGAUCUUUUGUCCUUACCGAAGAGGAGCUCACACUGGUGGAUGAUUUUUACAAGUUGGUACAACCCGAACGAGACAUGAACCUCAGGCUGUGUGAACAGUUUGAACAAUCGUCAGUGCACUUAUGGGACCUACUGGAAGGAAGAGACAAGGCGGUUGGGGGUACAACCUAUAAGAAGCUGAAGGAAAUAGUUGACCGACUCCUAUGCAGUGGCUAUUUUGACAGCGUGCAUAACCACCAAAAUGGAGUGUGUGAAGAAGAAGAGCCGUCCCCUGUACCUGCUGAGGAACAGCCUCCAGAACCAGAACCUGAAGCAAUUGAAGAGUAUGUGGAACAAACUGAUGUAGAAGCCAGAGAAUUUGUAAACAGGCAGUUCAUUGCAGAGGCACAGUUCAGCAGCAGCCAGAAAGAGCAAGCUGAUGAAUGGAAUGCAGAGCCCGUUGAGGUUGUGAAUUCCCUGCAGCAGCAGCAGCAGCAGCAGCAGCCACCCACAGUACCUGAAACUCAUGCACUGAACACAGUGGCACCCUCAGACCCUUUGGUCAGGAGGCAGAGGGUACAAGAUCUUAUGGCACAAAUGCAAGGGACCUUCAACUUUAUGCAGGAUUCCAUGCUUGAGUUUGAGAGUCAGACAAUGGACCCUGCUAUUGUUUCAGCGCAGCCCAUGAAUCCUGCACAGACCAUGGAAAUGCCCCAAAUGGUCUGCACACCAGUGCACUCUGAGUCCAGACAUGCCCAGUCCAACGCUGUCUCCGUUCCGUCGGAAGUUACGCAGGUACCUUUGGUAUCUUCCACAACCGAAUCAUACACACCAUCUCAGCCCAUGUACCAGCCUUCCCACGUGUCAGAGCAGCGAACCCAGAAAGAAUCUAUGGACUCGAUUCAGGUUACAAUGUCACUGGCGUCUGAACAACCCCCAACCUCCACAGCAAUUCCUGUUGCUUCCCAGUCGCAAGCUUUUCAAGCUCCUCCCAGCAAACCCCUCCACAGCAGUGGUAUAAAUGUGAAUGCUGCUCCAUUCCAGUCAAUGCAAACGGUGUUUAAUAUGAACGCACCAGUGCCUCCGGCCAGUGAGCCUGAAGCUCUCAAGCAGCAAAGUCCGUAUCAGGCCAGCUACACCCAAGGUUUCAGCAGCCAGCCUCAGCACCAAGUGGAACAGUCUGAACUACAGCAGGAGACUCUCACAACUGUGAGUCCUUACCAUACAUCUCAAGACCAAACGCACCCAGCGGCAGGUGCUCAUCAGCAACUAUCCCAGCAAAUCCAGCAGAAUGCUGGCUUCCAACGCACAGGCCAGGCUUUCUACAACAGCAGGGGAGUGUCUCGUGGUGGACCACGCAACUCGCGUGGAGCUAUAAAUGGCUAUCGGGGACCUACUAAUGGAUUCAGAGGUGGAUAUGACAGCUACCGCCCUCCAUUUUCAAACACUCCAAACAGCGGCUAUGGACAGUCUCCGUUUACUUCGGCUCGUGACUACUCCAACUCUAGCUACCAACGUGACGGAUACCAACCAAACUUCAAACGUGGCUCUGGACCUGGCGGACCUCGGGGCACCCCUCGAGGCCGGGGACUGAUGAGACCCAGAGGUAUGAAUAAAAAGAUUGUAGCCAUGCCUCAGAUGACUGCACAAGAAGUGAUUUAAACUGAACCGCCUCGCCCACCCGCAUUUCGAAUGGAAGGGAUUUUUAUGCAACUGUGAAAUAUUUUAGACCGUAACCCUAAACAAACAACAAUAAGAAUUCUUGGAUUCCUGUAGCCUCUUCGAUCCAGCUGGUCCCAGGAAGUGGAACAGACCCUCCUUUGUUGCAGUGACUGCAUAUCGUGAUUCUUUUUAUAUACAUGAAAAAAUCCCCCCAAAAUUAAACUCACACUGAUGUAACAAGAAAAUCUAAAUAAAAUGUUUUACAAAAAUUGAA